UGAAAAAGGAUGAAUUUUCGCUCAUAAAGUGCGCCGUUCAGUGUGCGGUAUUAGUGCUUGGUCUUGUCACGAUGAGACACUCACCCUUGGACAGAUUUUCGCUCUGCUGUUAUUUUUGAAGUCGAUGAUGUUCACCUCUUGAUACUUCUUACGAGUGAAUGAACGGACGGCGUGUUCCUUAGAAGAUGCUCAUAUAGGCCUUAAAAGAGAAUAGUUCAACUUCGCGACAUAACAUUGUAUUUGCUGAUAUUGGAAGAAAACGACAUCAGGCGUAUUACUGAACUUCGAGUGCGCUUCUGGAACUAACUAGCAUUUGUACACCACAAGCCCAAACCACAUAAGUGUGAAGUGUCGUCUCUUCUAUAGACCUACUGUGUCCAUAUGCAAUGCCCAUCUACACAGGGAAUAGUUACAGACGAUGAGCUCAAGUAAGGCACCCAUCAUGUAGGAUGAUUGUGGCACCGUUCAUAGACGUUCACCUUCAUGACAACAUCUAGGUCUGUGAGCCAGGGAAACAUGCGCUUUAUAUUCUGACGCUUUUCAACGAUCGUGCCGAGAUUCAACAGUGGUGCUUCCGACGACAGACAUCCAUGAUAGCCGUACCAAACGCCGGCCGAGCAGACUGAUUAAUGCCUGAUCAGAUUUCACUUCUAAACGCCAGUGUCGCUCUUGUCUCACCGAAACUACGGAGUUAACACGUAAACAUUUCGUUUGGCACCUUGUGAAUGAUGCGCCAUCCCUAAUGCAGCUCCAAACGGUCCCAUGUGCCGUGUUGUAUCAUAUUUUGACUAAUUCGACACAUCGUUGAGUAAAGGAGCUAAUCGACGACGUAAAUUUCGUAGCCGGAAGUGUACUUGUGGCUGAACAGCAGCAGUUAACACCAAUCGAUUGAUGGCCUGUGCAUCUGAAGUAAAUAAAACCGGCAAUUCGUUGGGAAAAUUUCGCAUAUUUAACAUUUUCGAAACUUAGUGCUUCCGUUGUUUUUUGAGCAGCAAGUGAUUUACAAUGGAUGACGGCAACUCAACGGAGGCAACUGGCGUCGCGAGCACGAUGGCGACGCAGCCCGCGGCAUCCGGGAACGAAUGGGUGUACGGGAUCGAAGUUACGCUAGGCAUUGUGGGUACCGUGGGCAACGUGUUCGUCUGCUUGAUCAUUCUUCGCGCCAAAUUCUUGCACAACAUGACCAAUUACUUGAUUUUGAACCUAGCCGUGGCGGACAUGUCUGCCUCGGUGUCCUUGAUCUUCAAUGUGUUCUUGGUGGAGACUGCGAUUGUCCAAGCGCCGUCUGGAGUGGCCGCAGGGGAGAUCUACUGUCGUUUCUAUGGUAACCUCUAUUUUUUCUGGGUGUGCGUGACAGCUUCCGUCUUCAACCUCAUCGUGGUCACGCUAGAACGGUUCUACGCCAUUGUGUACCCGCUCCACUACCCCCGAUACUUCACACCCAAGAGGGUUGCCCUACUGGUUGCCCUGACCUGGGUAGGUGCUUUCGCGCAGGAAUUCUUCGCCCUAUUAAUCAACUCCUACAACUCUGUGACCAGGACGUGUGAUUAUGGUUUCCCAAAUCUGGCCAGCCAGAUCGCAGUCGGUCUCUUCGUGUUUCUCAGCUCCUACUUUUGCCCUCUCUGCGUGAUGAUUUGGGCGUAUUACAAAAUCAUGAGAAAUCUCAGUAUGUCGGCGCGCAAUCUAAUGAACCAACAGACGGAGGACCCGGCAUACGCACUCCUCCGCGCGCGCAAGAAAGUAGUCCAUGUCCUUUUCACCGUCGUCAUGGCAUUCCUCGUGCUGUGGACGCCAAACCAAGUGGUGUAUCUGUUUGAGAACUUCAAGGUCGAGUUGAUUCCCGUCCAUCACAUCGUGUACUCCAUCUUUCGCAUGAUGGCGUUUUCCAAUUCUGUCAUCAACCCGAUUAUAUAUGCGUUCAAGUACAAGCAAUUCAGAAAGGGGUUUCGUGUAUUGAUGUGUGGUAGAUGUAUGACCAAUAACGUCGGGGCUGGCCAAACCGAGCUAUCAAACACUUAAUUUGCUAAAAAGCAUGCAGUAAGAAACAGCGCUCAAUCUAGCCUCAUGGGCCAUGCCUUGUGCAGGUCCAGAAAUUAGUUCGGCCGACUGGAUGCGAUAUUGGUUCCAGUAUGCAUCCAUUUGAAUAUGACAUUAAAUAAUAUAGCAUUGUACAUGAUCACUGAGCUUGAAAGUUGGUAGGGGUGCCUGGCUUCCUGCAGCGGAUGAAAUCAUAAUAAAAUCACUUCAAGUGAAGGCAAUCUUCCAUUAGGUUAAAUUGGUGUAAGCCACGUUCCUCGACCGUAGGUAUACAAGUUUCCCAUAGACCUGCGUCAGGGAGACGACCAUAGCCAUAAUUAUCGAGGCCGACCAAGUGAAAUAAUUGUGGCCGCCAUUUUUCCAGUAGAGAACAUUUGAAUUUUAUUUCGUCCACUUUCGGUCCACAACCAGAUUUCCAUACACAUAAAUGAAAUUUGUUUUUUGCAAAACGUUCAACCCGUACCAAUUAUGGGAAGUUAAAAUGUUUAGUUGUCCAUAUAUUUGGAGCACCGAGAAAGUCGUCAAAGUAAAAUCCAGUUUUCUGCGGGCAGAAAAUCGACAUUUAAAAAAAUUGGUUGCGUGAUUUCAAAAAAUCUGAAAUUCUACUGGCAGGAAAUAGGAAAAAUAGGUCGUCUACUUUUGGUGCUUCGCAGACACGGCUGAAUUGGCUUCCCAUAGAUUGUGUGUUAUAUUGCCGGCCGUAGUCUAUAUCUCAGCUGUCAACCUUGUUUGUUUUGUUUUAAUUUCCAUUCAUAUAAAAUCAAGAAAAAAUUAAACAAAAUGACAAAAUUAAUUAUAAAAAUACUGUAUCUGGAGCAAAACAAUUAUAUAAAUGGGGGUGACAUCCGAGAGAAGGACAAAGCCUUCUGCAGAGGAGCACCCCAGACUGCUGUCAAAUUACCAAAAAAAUGUAUUCGAGUUUCCCGUAAACAGGAUGAGUCAAAAAGAAAGCGGCCUGAAUUAAUGAUUUUUCCCCUUAAAUGUUAUUAAAUUUGACACACCAACGGUGAAUAUAAUAUACAAGCAUGUUCUUCCACUCAUUUGAAAAAAAGGGUUUUUUUUCAGAGAAGUUAUGCAUGUUUUACUAAAAGAAUCCAUUUUUACAGCUGUCCAUGGAAUGCCAUUUGAAGCUAUUGAGCUGAGUGAGAACCAGAGAUUAUACACAGGCACUCGGAUACAACUGAUAUUUUUUAUAAUUUUUAUCAAGACUGAAACGUUAUUUUUACUGUCAGAUGUUUUAUUUUGAAUAUGAGGAAUCUUUUCUGAAAUAAUGAAGGUGAAUUUUGUCUGUUUUCCUGUGCAAAUGUUUGUUCAUUCAUGAAGGCAGGAAAACGCCUUUGUUUCAUUGUAUUUAACGGUAUAAACGAUCAUUGGUGGAAAGCUGAAUUUUGUGAUGUCUGUAUUAAAAUAGACAUAACUUGUGAACAUAGUAAGCAAACCACGUGAAAUUUUGACUGUUACUAGUCAAUAAUAUGUACUUUAUCCCAAGGGCGGAUCCAGAACACAAUUGGGG